AUUCUUUCCGUAUUUUUUACUUUCUUUUCAAACCCGAACGCUGCUUUUUUAUUAGGGUUGCUUUCUUCUUCACAACUCCUAAUCUCUUCUUUGCUCUGCUAAACACGUUUGCUUUCAAUGGCUGAUUUCAAUUCCUCUCCUUCACCUUCUGCUGCUACUGCUUGUUCUUUGUUCGAGAAGCCGAUUGCGUUAACGGCAGCUUCAUGUUCGUCGCCGGCGUCUUCUAUCGGAGGAGUACUUGACGACGGUGUCGAAGACGGCUGCUGUAUAUGUCUCGAGCCUUUCACUGUACAAGACCCUACCACUGUUACUAGUUGCAGACACGAAUAUCACCUUCAGUGCAUUCUUGAAUGGUCUCAAAGAAGCAAAGAGUGUCCAAUAUGUUGGCAGUCAUUUGUCCUGAAAGAUCCUGCCAGGUGUAUAACAUGUUUAUUUCCUCCUCUUCUCUGA